AUGGGUGCUACUAAAACAACAGUACAAGGUAAGAAAUCAAAUUUCAAGUUACUACUUACAACCAAAAGGGUUGAAGUUGAUUCUGGAUUGAAAAAGUAUGAAUUUAGAGAAAAAGCAUCCCACUUUGAUGAGAAUGAGUGCUCUAAUUCAAAGGAAAAAUCCUCUAUGACAGGUUCCAUCAAGAGAGGACCACAAGGUAUUAUCGAGGGCCAUAAAGAGAAAAGGCAGAAGAUAGAUCGGAAAACAUCUCUUCUGUGUACUGCCAUUCUGAAGAGUCUAACAUCCCACAGACAUGGCUGGGCUUUUAAUAAGCCAGUGGAUCCUGUGGCAUUGAAUAUUCCAGAUUAUUUUACAGUCAUAUCUCAUCCCAUGGAUUUAGGCACUAUUAAAUCCAAGCUGGAAAAAAAUAUUUACUUUAGCAUUGAGGAAUUUGCAGCUGAUGUUAGAUUGACCUUUUCAAAUGCCAUGACAUAUAAUCCUCCUAUGAAUGCUGUUCAUUUAAUGGCAACGGAGCUCAAAAAAAUAUUUGAGAGAAAAUGGAAAGACUUGGAGAAAAAAUGCAAGUGUGAAAAUGAGAAUGAAAAAAUUAUGACUGGAGCAGUGAGGGGACAUGUGAGAAAAUUUUGUAAUAGGAUGCGUCCCCUGCAAAAGGAUACCUUGCCCAAAAAGUUGCAAGUACCUGAAAUGAAAGAAAUUCAGAAGAUUAGUUCAUUGGAUGGAAGACAUGCUAAAGUAAGUAUUGUUUUCUUCGAGGGAAUAUGUGAAGGGGCUGCAAGUUGUCUCGAUAGUGAACAUGGAUGUUAUACUUCUCACCUUACAUCACCUGUUACUGAUUCCCUUUCUAGAGAAGAAUGGAGCACUCCUGUUUAUGAUGUACUGUUAUCACCCAAACAGGCUAUCCGUGUUGCUACACUGAAGCGCCGCUUUGCAGAUACUAUCCGUAAAGCACAAAAUGAAACACUUUUGGACCAGGGUGUGAAAAUGAAGAUGCAAAAGGAAAGGGAAAGGAAGCAGCAUGAAGUUGAAUUUUGA